AUGAUUCGAAUAUUAGUGGUGGACGACGAUCUAACAGGUUUAUUAGUCGCCGAAGCGGCGGUCCAGAGAUGUAGUUAUGAAGUGACGGUUGUCACUCAUGCGACCCUAAGCCUACUGGAGCAGAAAGAUGAAAGGAAAAGACCAUAUGAUAUGGUCUUAGCUGAUGUGCAUAUGCCUAUGAUGGAUGGCUUUGAACUCUUACGACGUAUUAAUGGAGAGUUUAACUUACCCGUUGUCCUGAAUUCUACUGAUGAUAGGACGAAUGUUAUCCGCAAAGGGCUUCGACUAGGGGCACCUGCAUUCGUGGUAAAGCCAAUGAUAAUUGAUCAAGCAAAAAUAAUGUGGCAACAUUGGAUAACAUGGAAGAAUAGGGAAAGACAUGCUUGGAGACAAUUCAAUCAAGCUAAUAUACCCAGAAUAAGCAUUUUCUCGCCUUCUGAUUCUGGUUCAGCUAUGGAGGAUUAUUACCCUAGAGAAAGGAUUGGUAAUAAAGCUAAUUGGACCUCAGACCUCCACAACUGUUUUGUGGAAGUUUUGUUAAUCCUUGGCCCUAAAGAGUCUGUUCCCAAACAAAUUGUUGAAAUGAUGAAUGUACCAUGGCUAACCAGAGAACAAGUGGCUAGCCACCUUCAGAAAUUCCAGAAGUUUUUGGAUAAGGUUAUGGAUGGUACGACAAGUUUGCACAAGAAGAGAAGGACGGGCAAGUCGGCAGCUCCCAUCAAAGUUUUCCAGCCAUUACCCUCAUACAUCGAAGCUAAGUCUUCUUUCAGCCGGUAUAUUAUAAUGUCGAUUGCAAACAACCAUGCCUCUUCUUCUGUGAAUGUAGCUACACUGACACUAGGAUUUGGUGGAGUGGCUUUUGAAAGUGCUGAGAACGUAGUUACAACUGUACAGGGGAUUGGUGGUGUACCCUUCGGAAGUACUGGACAUAUGAAUGUGGAAUAUCAUAUGAGCUCUUAUGAAAAAUUAACACAGAUUUUGACUUAG